UGUUGUGAAUAAAGGACAAACACGACCUGUAAUUCUGCAUACUCGCAGACCAGUGUCAUACUACAAGUUAUGGAGGAACCCUCAAAAUUUGAGCGAUAUGUGUACAAAAAUGCUUCAGUUUACCAUUAUAUGAAGAUAUCUCUAGUUUUGGAGAAUGGAAACCAAAAUAUUACUGAUGCACAGUUCAAACAAUUGAUUAUCUGCGGACUCAGAGACCUGUACGGAGAGGUUGGAGCUUCUUUUCCAUUUGAUUUGCUGAAGUUUGAUCAAAACGAAUUGACAGGCAUACUGAGAGUGUACAACAGCGGGCUGGUGAAAUUGUGGAGCGCAUUAACAUUACUGGGAUCAUAUCAGAAUGAGGCAUGUGCAUUCAGAGUCACGCAGGUGUCGCCGUUUUUACUAGCGUUGUCUGGGAAUAGCCGUGAGCUGCGGUUUGGAGACCAGUUGAUAUCGUGAGGUGGACCUACAAAAAAAAAAAAUGUUUUUUCUCAGAAGAAGUAUUGUCAGCAGAAAUAUAUACCAUUUUUUCAACUCAGCAUUGACGGUUCCCGCAUCGCUCACAGUAGGGCACAGGUCGCUUUACGUGGGUGAACGGGCCUCGCUUAGCAAAACAUUCAGUGCCAGAGAUGUCGCACUUUUU